AUGUGCUCAAUCACUACCGCGUCUGUCAUUGCCAUCUUGAAGCGCAUCAACACCAUCUACUGCGAUUGUUGGUCCUUUUGCUUCUGCCAGUCUGUCAAAACCUCUCCGGCCUCUCUUCCUCUUGUUGCUCCUGACCACGAUGACAAUGAUCAUGUCAAUCGCCAUGUCGAGAUUCUCGAUCCUGCCCAUGAUCUUGAUGAUUUCCUCGCUGUCGAUGAUGCCUCCAAGACGAUGCGCGACGUCAAGAUCUCUGCUACUGUGCAUGACAAGAAUGCUUUGCCUACCUCCGCUGCUGCGCUCCAGACUACGCGCGACGUGAAGAUCUCCGGCCCUGUCUGUGACGAUGAUUUUCCUUUUGCCGAUGCUGCCUGCAAGGCUACGCGCGACGUCAAGAUCUCUGGUCCUGUUCAUGACCAAGAUGAUUUGCCUACUCCGGAUACCGUACCCAAGAUUAGUCGCGAUGUGGUUUCCAAUUUGGAGCCUAUUGAAGAGAGUCUCUACGAAGUGUACUACGAGCAACGCAAAAAUUGGAUGGCUUCGGGGUAUUAG